AUGGAUCUGGCAGACAGGCGCGCCGAGCUUCUAGUGGCGCUGCGAGGGGCGGAGCUGGCGCGGCGGCGGAUGUGCUUUCUGGCCUGGGCCCUGCUGCCGCGGCCUCGCGUGGUCUUGGCGCAGGUGAAGCAGGCGUUGAUAUGCCGGGAUUUCCUUUCACGGCCGUUUGAGCUUUGGCGGGCCUUCUCUGCCGGAGCGCGGCACGCUCGAGCGCGCCAAGUGGGCUACUCGGGCAGCUGGGAGUCCCGAAAGCUCGGCUCGCCGAGUGGGGUGUGGCAGGUCGUCUCUUUGGCGCAGGAGGCGCAGCGCAGGAUGUUGAGCUUGGAAAGGCUCGUGGCGACCUCGGAGAUGAAUUUGAUUGGCAUGGAGGAGCAGAACGCAGUCAUGUGGGAGGUGAAGGAAGAGCUUCAAUGCGAGGAACUGCAGCAACGUGAGGAGGCGCAGUGCAGGAUGUUGAGCUUGGAAAGGCUCGUGGCGACCUCGGAGAUGAAUUUGAUUGGCAUGGAGGAGCAGAACGCAGUCAUGUGGGAGGUGAAGGAAGAGCUUCAAUCCGAGGAACUGCAGCAACGUGAGGAAACGCAGUGCCGGAUGUUGAACUUGGAAAUGACAUCGGAGACGAAUUUGGCUGCAGUGGAGGCGCAGAACUUGGUGAAGGAAACCCUUCAAUCCAGAGAAAUGGCCCAAGGAGAGGAAGAACUUCAUCAACUUCAGGAAGAGGUGGCCACCUUGGCCCUGCAGCAAAGAUCUUCCGAAGCGCGGGCGGUCCUGGAAAAAGAGCUGUGCGACCUUCGCAUGGCCAAGGUUUCCUCGAAGGCACGCAGCCUCGCGUCGAGCUGGAUGCAGUCGGUGGACUCCCAAGUGUCACUCGCACGGGAGGUUCGGCAAGAUCUCGAGGCGCAGAGUUUGAGUUGCCAACUCGUCGAGUCGGCGACGAAUCGGAUGGCUUUGUUGCAAGAUCGCUUGGACGGAGCGGAGAGCGCGCUCACCUCUGAGCGUCUGCAGGAAAGCCGGUGCGUACAUGCCAAAUGCGAGACAGAGCGGCAGUUGCGAUUGUGCGAGUCCGAAAUGCUGAGCGAGUCUUUGGCACUGGGUGAGAGCAGGGAGGAGUUGAUGGGUGCACAGCGGAGCAUUGGGGAGCAAGAACUUAGAUUGAGCGAUUUCCAGCAGCAGAAGCUGCAACUUGAAGGCGAGGCAACGACGCUGCAAAGCCGCCUUUGCCAUGAGUCAGCUGUGCUGGCAGAAAAGGAAGCUGGCCUAGCAAGUGCUGGUCGUCGAGAGGCUGAGCAAGCUGGUUGGGCAGAGCAGAAGCAGUUGGCACAGUUGGAGGAGAUUUCUCGAUGCGAAGCGGCUUGUCAAGCAGCACGGAGUGAAUGCCUGACUCUGAAACAGAGCCGGAGUGAUUUGAAGAGAAAGCUUCAGGUAAGCAGAGAGGCUACAAGCAGGCUUGAGAGCGAAGUAGAUGGCGGGAAGCGCGAGCACGAACUCUUGGAGCAGCGUUUGAUGAAUGCCGCGCUGAAAGCAGAAGUGUACCAAGAGACCACUGUAAGCUGCAAGGAGGCUGUGGAUGGGAAAGAGCUACAGUUGCGACGGUGCGAGUCCGAAAUGCUGAGCGAGUCUUUGGCACUGGGUGAGAGCAGGGAGGAGUUGAUGGGUGCACAGCGGAGCAUUGGGGAGCAAGAACUUAGAUUGAGCGAUUUCCAGCAGGAGAAGCUGCAGCUUGAAGGCGAGGCAAAGACACUGCAAAGCCGCCUUUGCCAUGAGUCAGCUGUGCUGGCAGAAAAGGAAGCUGGCCUAGCAAGUGCUGGUCGUCGAGAGGCUGAGCAAGCUGGUUGGGCAGAGCAGAAGCAGUUGGCACAGUUGGAGGAGAUUUCUCGAUGCGAAGCAGCUUGUCAAGCAGUACGGAGUGAAUGCCUGACUCUGAAACAGAGCCGGAGUGAUUUGAAGAGAAAGCUUCAGGUAAGCAGAGAGGCUACAAGCAGGCUUGAGAGCGAAGUAGAUGGCGGGAAGCGCGAGCACGAACUCUUGGAGCAGCGCUUGAUGAAUGCCGCGCUGAAAGCAGAAGUGUACCAAGAGACCACUGUAAGCUGCAAGGAGGCUGUGGAUGGGAAAGAGCUGCAGUUGCGACGGUGCGAGUCCGAAAUGCUGAGCGAGUCUUUGGCACUGGGUGAGAGCAGGGAGGAGUUGAUGGGUGCACAGCGGAGCAUUGGGGAGCAAGAACUUAGAUUGAGCGAUUUCCAGCAGGAGAAGCUGCAACUUGAAGGCGAGGCAAAGACGCUGCAAAGCCGCCUUUGCCAUGAGUCAGCUGUGCUGGCAGAAAAGGAAGCUGGCCUAGCAAGUGCUGGUCGUCGAGAGGCUGAGCAAGCUGGUUGGGCAGAGCAGAAGCAGUUGGCACAGUUGGAGGAGAUUUCUCGAUGCGAAGCGGCUUGUCAAGCAGUACGGAGUGACUGCCUGACUCUGAAACAGAGCCGGAGUGAUUUGAAGAGAAAGCUUCAGGUAAGCAGAGAGGCUACAAGCAGGCUUGAGAGCGAAGUAGAUGGCGGGAAGCGCGAGCACGAACUCUUGGAGCAGCGUUUGAUGAAUGCCGCGCUGAAAGCAGAAGUGUACCAAGAGACCACUGUAAGCUGCAAGGAGGCUGUGGAUGGGAAAGAGCUACAGUUGCGACGGUGCGAGUCCGAAAUGCUGAGCGAGUCUUUGGCACUGGGUGAGAGCAGGGAGGAGUUGAUGGGUGCACAGCGGAGCAUUGGGGAGCAAGAACUUAGAUUGAGCGAUUUCCAGCAGCAGAAGCUGCAACUUGAAGGCGAGGCAACGACGCUGCAAAGCCGCCUUUGCCAGGAGUCAGCAGUGCUGGCAGAAAAGGAAGCUGGCCUAGCAAGUGCAGGUCGUCGAGAGGCUGAGCAAGCUGGUUGGGCAGAGCAGAAGCAGUUGGCACAGUUGGAGGAGAUUUCUCGAUGCGAAGCAGCUUGUCAAGCAGCACGGAGUGAAUGCCUGACUCUGAAACAGAGCCAAAGUGAGUUGAAGAGAAAGCUUCAGGUAAGCAGAGAGGCUACAAGCAGGCUUGAGAGCGAAGUAGAUGGCGGGAAGCGCGAGCACGAACUCUUGGAGCAGCGUUUGAUGAAUGCCGCGCUGAACGUUUGCGACGUUUGCCACCAGCAGACCGAAGCAAGGCUUCAGUACCCUUCGGAAGAUACCCAGUUGAGGCACAGCCCUGACGCGCUUUGGCUGGACAUCAGCUUCCGGAGCGACAGUAGCCUGGCUUCCGCGUCGGCCUGGCGGCACCACUCGGCGCUGUGUGAGGCUCGGGAUCUGCUGUCCCUGAGCUUGGCGUUGCACGCCUGGCGCGCCAGGACGCCGGGAGGCUCCAUGGAGCAGGUGGGUCAACUGGCCUUGCGCGCGCGCAGCCUGGCGCUGCGCUGGCGCCGCGCGCUGGAGGCGUUGGAUGAGAAGCCUGUCACGCAGCCUGAGCAGAUUUGGGUGGUCCACCAAGAUGACACGCUGGAGAAGCGGGACGGGCCGGCACAAGCUCAGCCCGGAGAGGAGGCGUCGCAUGCGCUGUCGCAUGCGCCGGUGGUGAUUUUGGACGUGGGCAAAGGGCUGCAGGGCAUCAAGGCGGGUUCGCCCGACUUCUUGUAUAGCAGACGGGAGCGCAGCCGCGCGCAGCAUGCGCUGAACGGCAAUUCCGGCGGCCAGCGGCAAGCAGACCACACAGACCCGGACAAGGCUGCCUUCUUCCGGCUCUUCCCUCGCGGCAAGUUCUUGAGUGUCUCGCAGUUCUUCUCAGAGAGGCAUUUGCUGGGCCACUGCAUUGUGUUGCUUCAUGGGGGCGGCAAUCACAAGGACUACCUUGGGGAGACAGAGAAGGAGAAGCUUAUCGAACACCUGCGCCAAGGUGGAUCUCUGAUGACGAUCUCAGCUGCUGGCACUUUCUGCGGCUGCAACCGUGGAUCUUGGUCGCUUCUGCCCGUAGCAGCGCACGACCGUCAGCAUUGGCAGCGGGGCACUGGGGAGGUGAAACUGAAGUUGACCGCCUACGGUGAAGAUCUCUUGCCGGGUUUCAAAGGUGUGGAGAUCGAAUCGAAGUACUACAACUCUCCACUGCUGCUGCCCAUUGCCACAGACGGACAGGCAGGGUGUUCCCAGCUGGAGCUUGCGCAGCCCGUGGUGCCGGUUCUCACAUACCAGACUGAGAUGAACGAAUGCCAGGCUGCGAGAUCCUUGGUUGGCAUGCCGGCGGUGCUUGUGGGUGAGUUCCAACCGAGCCGGGGACGCUUCGUGGCGAUUUCCCCAAACUUGGAGGUGGCGCCCAAAGAUUCUGCGCUGCUUCUCUUUCAGCAGUUGGCCUGCUGGGCCUCUGCCAGCGACCAGCUCCGCGCUGCCGCGGGCACCCUGGCGCCAGCGCUCGCGCUCGAGGGGCCUUUCGCCGACGAGGCGUUUGUGGCGGGCACGGACCGCGACGGGGGCGCGCUGUACAGGAUUGACCAUCCCUCUGCCUACCCUGCCUUGAGCGAGGAGGCCCAGUCCGUGACUGGCAAAGACUUCAGUCUGCCGGGCGAGUGCCGCUUGGUGAUCGUGGACUUGGGUAAAGGUUCAGACCAGCUCCAGGAGAUCUUCUCCCCUUUGGUGCCGUCCGAUGAUCAACGGGUGGUGGUUUCGCCCACCGAACUGCCGGACAUCGUAAGCCCAGGCGAUGUGAUCUUUUUGCACGGCGGUAUGGCCAACGAGCACGCCGAGCGCUUGGGCGUGCUUGGCCGUGCAGCCAUCCGGCGCCAUCUGCUGAACGGUGGUGGGGUCAUGGGCGUCUGCGCGGGCGCGCAUUGGCUUUCGUGCCGGGACCUGCCGCUCUGGGGCCACAUCUUGCCCGCGGUGCCGCACGACAACAAAGAUUGGCGCCGCGGCGUGGGCGAGGUGAGCGUUUCCUUCACCCGAGAAGGCCGGCGCAUGCUGGGCCUCGAAGAGCGAAGCAUGCGCCUGCGCUACGCGAAUGGGCCAUUGUUAGUAGCGCUUCACAUGGAGAGCUACGAAAACUAUCAGCCCGGCAGACUGGGGAGAGAAGAAGAGCCCAGUGAUGAGCCAAACUUGAGCGCCGCCAUGGGCAUGGUGCCUUUGGCCUUCUUUUCGGACUGUGCCGACCCGGAGAUCAAGGGUUGGCCGAGCAUGAAGGGUCACAGCGCCGCUUGGGCUUGGUGUACUUCCUCAGGAGGCCGUGUGAUUGCCCUGUCUCCUCAUCCAGAGUAUCACCAGACACCUCACUCUCGGCUCCUCUUUAGGAGGUCGCUCUUAUGGUGUGCCUCUGCAUCUCCCGGUUGA